AUGGCACACACCAACACCCCAGCGCAAGAAGCCGACACCACCCCCUCAACCCCAGCAACAACCCCCGAAACAAGCCAGUCACUCGCAAUGUCCCUCAUAUCCCGAAGCCACCACCUCAUCGCCGAAAUAGACACUUUCCAGUCCCUCCUCCUACAAACCCAACGCAACCCGCAAGUCGUCGAAGCGCGGACCCUCCGAUCGAGCGUCGCGUCUGAGCUAAAGACACUGGAGAAGCUGGGCAGACAGCUUGAAACCGCCGCAGCAGCAGCUGCUGCUACUGACGACGGCGGCGCAGACGGGGCGAGCGAUGUAGAGCGGCGGGUGAUGCACUCGCUGCGGUCGUCGAAUCUGCCGUUCUACGAGGCUGUGUGGACUGUUGCGAGACGGUCUUGUUCGGGGCUGGUGGCGUUUGGGAAGAGGUUUUAUUGGGAGAAGGAUGGGGGGCGGAUGGUGGUGGAUGGAGGUGAGGAUGGGCGCAAGCGGCCGGAUCUGGAUAAGCGGAGGAGUGUGUAUGUGGAUAUUGUGGCUGAUGAUGGGGAGGAGUGGGUGAAGGUUUCUACGGUUUCGGAGUCGAGGCUUUUGUUUGAGAUGGCGAAGAAGGGGUGGGAGGGGGAUUCGGAGGAGGGGUCUGAUGGGGAGGAUGGGGUGGGGAGGACGGUGUUACGGAAUCAUGAGGGGGAUGGGGAUGGGGAUGAGAGUGAGGAUGAGGAUGAUGAGAUUGAGCUCGUCAAGUUGGCGAGUGAUAUGAGAAAGGCGGCUAAUGCGACGCGGGUGCAGUAUAGACACCCACGGCUACGUCUAGUAGUUCCAAAGCUGGAGAAAGGCAGAAGCUCUGAGAUUGACGACCUUCUGAAACUAAUACGAAGCUAUGGUGUUGAGAUAGACUGUGGGCCGAGCGUCCUUGGUCCCUGUCCUGGAGGACAGCCAGGAACGACACCCGAGGACUUGCGCCACCUUCUGCCCACGCCGUUCAAACGAUUCACCCCAACGCUCAACGUGGACUGCACGCUGCUGCUCGCUGCCGUGUCGGAUCUGUCGCACUUCAAAGACAUCCAUCUUUCCAACAACUUCCACCGAGCCAUCCUUCGGCAACUCGAAGUCGAGAGGGAGAGGCCCUUGCUGCCGACGGAACUCUGGCCGGCAAUGGAUGGACACGAGAUGGUGUGCACGGAGGAAGCGAUGAAGCGGAUGCGCGAGAUUGUAAGCAUCAUCGGGACCGACACCGAAAAACGACGCACGGAAAUCUUGAUGGGUGAUGGCCCAUAUGGAGGCUGCGAUCGCCAAUCCCUCAUCCAGAAAUUCCAGGAGCUGUCGGAUUUUGAAAUACCGCCGCAGUGGAAACUGCCGAUUAGACCUGUGGACGCCGGUCCUGCCAUCGAGGCGGCCAUUGCACAGGGCAGUCUUCCCCCGAUAUCACACAAGAUAACAGAAAUAUUGUCGGAUAUCAACUAUAGCGUGUUCAUGUAUGGAUGGGUAACUGGGACGGUUACCAUAUCCAGUAACCGCACUGUUGUCAAACAAAUCGAAGCCAUAAUCGAGGCGCACAGGGAUAAUGAUGAGGAGUUGGAGGGACCUUUGGUGUGGGUUUGUGAAACAGCUCGGAGUCUGGUUGGCAAGGAAAAGGACCGCAAAAACUAA